GAAACAUAACCCACACCCUCCCUCCAUGCACUUGUCUCUUCUCCUUCUUCUUCUUCUUCUUCACCUUCUCCAUCUUCAUCUUCUCUCUCUCUCUCUUCAUAAAUUUGCAUUAUAAAAACACAUCCACUUUGCUCCUCCCUCUUCAACACCUUCUUCUCCACUCUCAUUCUCUCUCUCUCUGACACAUUUAACUACUUAUCCUUCUUGCAUUCUUCUCUCUCUCUCUCUCUACACACAAAUUAACAAACUUAUAAUACAUUAAGUAAGAAGAUGUCGAGCAGAAGAUCAUCACGUUCAAGACAGUCAGGAAGCUCAAGAAUCUCUGACGAUCAGAUUUCCGAUCUUGUUUCUAAGCUCCAACACCUCAUCCCUGAACUCCACCGCCGCCGUUCUGACAAGGUGUCAGCGUCUAAGGUACUUCAAGAGACUUGCAACUACAUCAGGAACUUACACAGAGAGGUCGAUGACCUCAGCGACCGUUUGUCGGAACUCUUGGCCUCGACGGACGACAACAGUGCCGAAGCAGCCAUCAUUAGGAGCUUGCUUAAUUAUUAAAUCCUCAUAUGCCAUUAAUUAAUCUGAGAGCUAUUAAUCAAUCAUCCAUUCCCGGCCACCAAAUUUAUCUUAUUAUGGGUAUCUGUUUACUUCUACUUCAUAUAUUAUGAGAUAUAGCUAGGGUUUCGGGUCAUUGUUAGGCCAACUCAUAUAUUAUAUAAUAUAUAUGGUUAUAUGUAUGUAUGUAUGCAUCUUAAUUGUAUGUGAGGGUCCAGACCUAGGCUGUAUAGUAGCCUUGUAUCAUGAGAUCCUCUAAUAUUUAUGAUUAAUGACACAAGCCAUUUCCUUUUUCUUUUA